CUUUAAAAAGCAUUUUCCCAGCUUACAUCACCAGACUCAAAACACUCCAUCAUGCCUCUUACUCGCUCAGCUGCGGCAGCGGCCGGUCAGAGCCUCACGGUCCCCGGCCUUCAAAUGAAGGAAUGGGUCAACAAGAAGGAGAAGGAAGGUCUCUCACAAAAAGACCUCCCUGACCUCCUGAGGCACCGAGAUGCUGUGAUCGACAGCAUGAGACACCUCUGGGUCAAGACGGAGAAGCAGGACGCCGAGGCCGAGCAGCUUCGCAAAGAAAUUGCGCACCUCCAAGCACAGCUUGCUGAAGCGAACGUCGCCGCCGCCGCCACCGCUUUAACACAGAUCAGAGUCGAGGACACAGCCGGUGGGAGUGAAGAGAGUGGGGUAUCCAACAACGGGGGCGCUGAGGACUCGGAGGAAGCUGAGGUGAAGGGAUCGGUGGAAGCGGUGACAGAGAGCUCGGUGGAGGAGAGCUCGGUCGAGAAGAGCUCGGUCGAGAAGAGUUCGGUCGAGGAGAGCUCGGUGGAGAAGAGUUCGGUCGAGGAGAGCUCGGUGGAGAAGAGCUCGGUCGAGGAGAGCUCGGUGGAGGUAGAGGCGCCGGAGACAGCGGAGGCGCCGGAGGCGCCGGAGGAGACUGAGACAGGGGAGGGAGACAGCUCGGCUGUGCCGCAGGAGGAGUCGAACUCGGCGAGCGCAAGCGCCCCGGAGACAAGCUCCGAGGUAGGCAACUCUUACGAGUUCGCCAGGCGUUUCUGGGGAGACGAGGUUCUGGGUAUCUGGCCUUCUUCCUCUUCGUCCGCAUGA